CGGCGGCUCGGUUCUUGUACAAGCGUCUUCAUCGACGGCGACAUCGGGGGGAGGGCGGAUCGUGUGCAGGGUCCACAACAAUGAGUCAGGGGGCGGGCGGAUCUGGGAGGGGUGCGUCCAUCCCCGUAUCAGAUGCAGAUAUGGCAAAGUUGAGGAGGGCCUUGUGCGUGUGGAAAUACGUGACGCAGGGGCAGAGGGCCACGACAUGGGAGAAGAUGCACGGGGACCAGAAGUUGAGAUGCAACUUGUGCAAACAUGUCUGGCAGGGGAACGUGUCGAAGGCCGCGCGUCACUUUGUUCAGCGAGAGAAAUGUCGUGCAACACAGAUGGCCGUGCUCGUGGACGUCUGGAAUGACACGAACUACACUUUCAUGGUUGAGCAUGUGCCAUUCAUUCUGUCGUACAUGGAGGAGAAGGGGAUCAAGGACGCACGAUUAGUUGCGGGUCAUUCCAGAACACGAGUGUCGCCAUCCACUGCACCCAGGGACGAGGCGGAGGAGCGCGAGAUGCGAGGGCACGAGGUGGGUGAUUUGUCAGGCGGUGUAGAUUCGGAAGGCGAGGAGGUCGCCUUGACGUCACUUGGGGCAGGGCCGAAGGAAAAAGGGAAGAAGGCGAUGGAUGGGGAUGACUUUCCACUUGCGGCGGGGAAGAGGGUUCGGCAGAACCGGAUUGACACGGUUUACAAAGCGGAGAAGCAGUGGAAGUUUUGCGACAAGUUUCAGGAGACACUCUAGGAGGGAGGUCAGGAAGACAUUUGAAGAGAUGCCUCAAGGCAUGUGGAUGCUAUUUCCCUCC